AUGGCAGCAUCGACGUCAACACCCAGUGGAGGAUUCCUGCAGGCAUGGCUGCAGCAGUUAUCGAGUGAGGGGAAAUUGACGGGUGAUGCAAGCACCAUUAGAGAAAACAUGAAGAAGGAUUUAGAGGAGACAUGGAAGAAAUUAAGCGAGUGGCUCCUGCAGCAGGAGUCCAAUGAAAUAGCAGGGUUCUGUGACAAGAAGAACGGAAUGUGGCCAACGAAUAAGGGACCACAGUUCUGGCCAUGGUAUAUGGAAUUAUUAUGUAACGCUGUAUUAGAAAUAAAAUAUUUCAUGAGUGGUAUAAGAGCAGAGAGGUUGGGGAAGGAUGAUGCGGAGGAUAAGGCAGCAGUUAUUACACGUAUCGAUGAUUAUGAAGCAUAUCGUCGUUGUAUUGUAGGCGCCGUUGCCCUUUCCACAAUUUAUGGCGAUCAUUGCGGGCUGACGUACGUCACGGAGAAGGUUGAAGGGGACAUAAUGGAAAGAGUAAAAUCUACAUACAGUAGUCGGGGGGUAACGUUCGAUACAUGCAAAAGUAUUACGAAUGCGGAUUUAGUGCUUGGUAAAACGCUUCUCCAGGAUAAAAUUGAUUUAUGGACAAAUGAGAGAAGGAGGAAGAAUGACGGAUGGAGGGUGGGGGGGCAAUUGUGGAAUAGGAGGAAUCAGCGUUGUAGAAGAGGCCAUGGGCAGGAGGAGAAUCUGCAGAAACAGAGAAAAGAUAAUGCAAAAAGUAUGGCAACUUUCCUGAAACUGGACGACAGCAAAAAUUCUGGUCAGAAUAGUGCAUUUUCCUUAGCAGAUGUCCUAAUAGUUGGCGACAUGAAAUUAGACGAAGGCAAGUUGGAACAAGUAUUUCAGGAUGCAAUGGAAGGAGGUACUGCCUCCCCGGAUGUGAAGAAAAUGAUGGAGAAGAUAACGAAUUUAUCCCAGAAAACUGAGGCUGAUGUAUGUAUGAAAGAGAGGAGCAAGUCAUUUUGUGAGCGCCUGAAAUGUGCAAAACAACAUUGGGAAGUGAACAACAAGCAGCAGCAGAAUUUUUGGGACCAUGUCAAUGGGAAGCUUGAAGAACUCCUUCCUACUGGAACUACUACUAGUAAUGAUGUCAUCCCAGGUGCCAAUUGCAACGACAAUUCUAUGGACAAUGCGAAUAAAGAAGCUUGUAGACACAUAGCAACAUUGUUGAAAAAGAUGUACCAAAAUUCAAAUGGUACCUCUGAAAAAUAUUCUGAACAAAUUAUAAAAUGUGUUCUUCUAAAAGAAUAUGCUAAAAAAUUAAAGAAGCAAGCAAAAGAAAAAGGAUUUUGCAGCAUAGACAAGGGUCUACAGGAGGCUUUCAAUCAAAGUAAAGAAAUUAUGCAGAAAGCAACAGACAACUGCAAAGGUGCCAGCGCUGCUAAUUGUUUUGAGUGUAAAUGGGACAGCACCACUGAUGACGAACUUAAAAGUUGCCCCAUUCCCAAUAGCAGCGGCCAAAAGGAUCAAGUAAAUACCAAAGUGCUUGAAUUACUCAACGAUAACCCCGAAACGAAGGACCCCAAAAUACAACAAACCUUGAUUGCCUUCAAUAAGAACAAUACCUUAUGUGAACGAGUAAAUUGUGCAGCGCAUUGGUGGGCCGAGAAGAAGAAUGGGCAGGAGGAUGUAUGGAAGAAAGUCCAAAAGGAAGUUGUCCAACCACUUGGCCAGGCCAUGUCUACCAAUACAGACUACAGUUUAGACAGUCAUUGCAAUAACUUAAGCUGGAAGCAAAAAGAAGUAUGCCUCCUCUUUGCAAGAGGAUUACACCACAUGUACAAAAAUACAGAUAGUAAGGAGGAAGAUCGUACGAAGUUGUUCGAACGAACCAUGAUGUGCACAGCCCUAAGGGCAUACGCUAAGAAAUUGGAAGAAGAUGCAGCAGAAAAGGAAAAGAACGGGACAGGGAGCUGUAACAUAAAGGGUGGCAUACAACAGGCCUUUGGAGCAAGUAAAACCAUUAUGGAGAAAGCAUCAGGUACAUGUACAGGUUCCAACGCUCCUAAUUGCUUCGAAUGUACUUGGGACGCUAAAAACGAACUUGACAAUUGCAUAGUUGGCCAGAACAGCAAAACUCAAAAUGUGCAUGACCAAUUGACGACAUUCCUGGACGACGAAAAAACGGAACUGAAGGAAUCUUUGGACAAAAUAUAUAAAACUGAUCUAUGUGAUCGAGCAGGAUGUGUAGCUGGUAGAUGGGUAGAAAACGGGAAUGCACAGAAAGGCGUAAGUGGGGCAACACGUAGUUGGGGUGAUUUAUGGAAAGAGAAUGAUGGUGUAUGGAAGGAAUUGAAGGAACUCUCUGACGAAAUGAAGAGUAAAAAGAACAAUUUUAGCAGCCACUGCGAUGGCCUCAAUGAGGAUAAUAAAGAAGCAUGUAUGCUUAUUGCUUCAGGUUUAAAGAGUAUUUAUGAAAUUAAAGCAAAUAAAAGCAAUGUGGACAGGAGUACGAAGAAAGAUUUGGAGGAUCAAUUAUUUAAACGUACCAUGCAAUGUGUUUUAUUAAAUGCUUUUGCUGAUAAAUUAGAACAACUUCCAUGUAGUAAAGAGAAAAAUGUAAAGAACGCUAUAGAUACAGCAUUUGGGAAGAGUGAUAACAUUAAAACAGAAACAGGUCCCUGCAACAGUGAUGGAGAUAAGUGUUUUACGUGUAGUAGGUUUGACGCCUAUAAAACUUGCCAAAUUAAAGAAAAUGGGAACAAUCAGAAAGUAAGUGAUAAAAUGGAUCCCAUGUUGUACAACGACAGUUUAGGAAUGAAGAAAAUUGAGGACCAAGCUCUUAAGGACAUAUGUAAACCAUGUACUGGGGAGGGGAAUGGGAAUUUCUGUGAUCAGUUGACGUGCGUAGCAAAAAAAUGGGGAGAAAGGAAUAAAAAAACUUCAUCCGGAGAGAUUCCAUCUUGGGACGCCAUGAAGACCGACAUCGACGAUGUUGUAAAAGCACUGCUUAACCGCAUGAAGGACACUGAUAAGCAGUCGGAAGUUGACACAUACUGCACCGCAGACAAAGACGGUAACCCCUGGAAUGGUAGCGACGCCCAUGGCGUCGCUAACAAAACUGCUUGCAAGCUGGUUGCAGCAGGAUUACAUCACAUAUCGAAUAUUCAUUAUGAAUAUAAUGAGAAUUCCAAGCCGGGGAAGGAUGUGGAUAAUAACCCCUAUGAUAACCAAGAGUUUAAACAGUUCGUUUCUUGCUUAUGGUUAAAGGAGGUUGCGAAAAGAAUGAAAGAACAAAGCCCCAUUUGUGACAUAGAACCGGGGAUUAAGGCCGCUUUUGCAGAGGCAGACGUCAUUGCAGAAACUAAUUGUACGAAUGGUAGACCUUGCAUUGAAUGCAAAUGGGACGAAAAGACUAAGGACGAACUUGACAAAUGCCAAAUUGGCAACAAUGACAAAGUGAAGGACAAAUUGAAUGACUUUCUCACGGAAGACAAAAAGACGGACGUCGAUACCACCUUGGAAGCAAUAACUAAACUGGACAAAGGCUCCCUCUGUAAUCGUCUCCGAUGUAUAGAAGCUCGAGUUCAAGCACUCGCUGCAUCUAAGGGACCCUCCCAGAGCAACGCGAGCACACUUUGGGAGAAAACUGGCGAAGUAGGACAACUGUGGAACCAAUUGUCACAAGCAAUGACGGAGAAUGGGAAAGCGCCUCAGAAUGAAUGCGAUAAAAUGGGAGAAAAGAGUGAUAGAGAUGCAACUCAUUCUGAGAAGACGGCAUGCAAUUAUUUGCAUGCCGGCUUUACCAAACUAAAAGAAAUUACAGCGUCUAACGGCAAUAGCUACCCCAUUCUUAACAACUCAUCGUUGAAGCAAACGAUGGGUUGUUUUUUACUUCACGCUUAUGCAAAACAAAUGAAAGACGGAGCGAAAUGUGAAAUAGAAGCAGGAAUAAAAAAGGCUUUCGAAACUUAUAGCAAAGGUUUAAGUUCUAAUGGUACUUGCAAUGGUAGUUCUAGUGGCAAGGGACAAUGUGUCCCUUGCCAAUGGAAUGAAAACGACUAUGACGACUGCACAAUUACUACAAUUACCACAACUGACACAAAUGGCACAUUUCACGAAACCACCCAAACGCCAGCAAAGGACAAAUUACAACAAGUUCAAGACAAAAUUGACGACACCGCAACUGACAACCUAACGGAAGUAAAUAAAAUGAAUAAGUUAUGCGAUUAUAUUAAAUGCGCCGCACCCAAAUGGUUCAAAAACCAUAUUGACGGGACUAAUAACAGUCCAACGAAGAAUUGGUGUGACUUUUGGGAUAAGGCUGUUAAAGACGAGCUGCAGAAGAUGUUCAAACGCAUCCAGGAUAAAGGAAAGAACAACCCCAAUACUGCAUGCAAUGACUUUGGUGAUGGUAAUAAACAUAGUGUCGAAAGAAAAGCUUGUAAUCAUAUCACAGCAGGUUUAGACUACAUUAACACAAUUGAAGGUAUUGACAACGGCCAGCCGAGUGCAAAAGAAAAUGACAAGUUUUUUAAACAGACUAUGAUGUGCGCAGCACUUAAUUUUUACGCAGAUCAAAUAAUUAAAAAGUCGCAAGAUAAAUGUCCCAUUCAUGGGACAAAAAUAAUAGAAAUGUUUAAUGAAUGGAAUGGAAGUAAUUCUUCGUGUUUGAACUCUGGUGGUAGUGGUAAUGGUAAUAAAGAUUGUUUUCUUUGCACAAGGCAACCAGAUUUUAAGGUUUGCCAACUAAGUGUUGACAGCUCUUUGAUUAAUACAACAUCAUCAUCACAACAAAGUGGACAAAAUUGCAAUACUAAUGCAACUGACGCAGUUAAAGUCAAAGAUCAAAUGAACAAAUUCCUCAACGAAGACAACAGCACAUCCAAAUCCAUCUCCCAAGUGAAAAAAACCUUAUCCACUAUCACUGACAUGGGCACCUUCUGUAGUAAAAUCCAAUGUGCAGCAAAACAAUACGGAAAAAUUAAAAAAGGAACAGGCCCAAAUGGAACAGUGACUUGGACCAACAUUGAAAGUGACGUCAAGGAUGUAUUAACUGAUCUUCUAAAUAAUAUGACGGAGUCUAAAAAUCAGGCUAAAGCUGCCGAAUACUGCAAUGACGAUAGCAAAUGGAAUGCACUUGGCCAUAAACAAAGCAAAACAAAUAAAGCAGCUUGUUUGCUUUUUGCUGCAGGACUGCAGCACAUUUAUGGCCGUCCCAACGGCCACCAAAAGGGCCAGUUUAAUGGCCCAUCGUUUGGACAAACGAUGGGUUGUUUAUUUCUUAAAGAGUAUGCAAAACAAUUAAAAGAAAUGGCAAAUAAGAAGAAAAGAGGACAUAGUUGGGUACAUCCCUAUUGUAGCAUAAAGGAUGGUAUAACACAUGCUUUUAAAAAAAGUGAAGAAAUUAUGAAUGCAUCAUCUAAAUGCAAUAAUGGUACUAAUUCUUGUUUUGUGUGCAAACAAAACGAAGAUUAUGGAACUUGCCAAAUUGGCCAAGACAAUGUAGGAAAUAAAGCUACAGAACUGUUCGCAGACCAAUCGAAACAAAACCAAAUGCAAGAAACAUUAGAGAAUACAGUCUGUCCCAUCCUUCUUACGGAUCUCCUUACCCCUUUCCUUCCUUUGGCUCCUGUCUCUAUUGGCCUUUCUGCUAUGGCUUAUUACCUUUGGAAGUAUUUUGGUCCUCCUGGUAAAGGAGGAGCACGUUUCCGAAGAUCUCCUACUGAAAUUCCUGGUUCAUCAGUACAGGAACAAGUCCUCGAUCAUGUGGAAGAAGCCGGUCCACAUGAAUAUCAAUUGGUGAAGGAACGAAAACCUCGUUCUGCUCCAACGAGAACGAAACGUUCUGGUGGUGUGAAUCGUCGCACGAUUAUUGAAAUUCAUUUUGAAGUGUUGGAUGAAUGUCAAAAAGGGGACACACAAUUGAACCAGAAGGAUUUUCUGGAACUUUUGGUUCAAGAGUUCAUGGGAUCGGAAUUCAUGGAAGAAGAACAGGUUCCUAAGGAAGAAGUUCUUAUGGAAGGGGUUCCUAUGGAACGAGCUCCUAUGGAACGUGUUCCAAAUUUAGGUUCCGUGUUUAUGGUUUAG